AUGUUCACGAAACUCUUCCAGCAGUGGAGUUUCGCAGUGUUUCUGCUGAGUUACUCCGCGCCCGCUUACGGGAGAUCAGUAGAGGGGAUCAGCCGCAGACUCAAACGGGCUGUAUCAGAGCACCAGCUAUUGCAUGACAAGGGCAAGUCAAUCCAAGACUUACGAAGAAGAAUAUUCCUUCAAAAUUUAAUUGAAGGUGUCAACACUGCAGAAAUCCGUGCAACUUCGGAAGUUUCACCUAACCCUAAGCCUGCUACCAACACGAAGAACUACCCUGUCCGAUUUGGUAGUGAAGAUGAGGGCAGAUACCUAACUCAGGAGACAAACAAAUCACAGACCUAUAAGGAGCAGCCCCUGAAGGUAUCGGGGAAGAAAAAGAAAGCAAAACCUGGAAAACGUAAGGAACAAGAGAAGAAAAAGAGGCGAGCCCGCUCGGCUUGGCUAAAUUCUGGCGUGUAUGGAAGCGACGUGACCAAGAGCCCACUCUUGGACAACUCUGUUACUACACAUAAUCACACUUCAAGGUAA